GCAGCAUGUCGGCGCUACUUCUCUCGUGGCUUCGGUCGACGGCGCAGCUGCCGCGGUCGGUCGAGUGCCUCGAGCGGGAUCUCAGCAAUGGGUACCUCCUCGGCCACAUUCUCUCGUCGCUCGAGCUCGAGGCGGCGCCCGAGAGCUACGCCGACUCGGCCAAUCUCGCGUCCGUGCUCCUCAACUUUGAACGCCUCGAGAAAUCGCUGCAUGGCGUCGGGAUUCGACUCGCGCCUGACACUGCGCGCAACAUUAUGAUGGAAAAGAAAGGCGCAGUCGCCAAGUUGCUCAUGCAACUCAAAGAGCACGUGGAUCGCAAGGAAGCGUCGCGGCCCCAGCGCAUUGAGCCAGCGACGGCGUCGUUGCGCCCGCCGCCGGAUGGUAGCCACCGCCAUAUGCCCGCGCCUGAUAUGACAAGCCCAAGGGAUCGGUUUGUGGAGAAUAUCAUCGCAUCCAUCGACCCGUCCGACUGGAACAACCACAACCGCGUCGAUAUGGCGAUUCACUUGCGCAAAUUUACCGAAUUCAUGUGGUCGGCGUCGGACGCAACCGCAGCCCACUUUGCCUCUGAGCACGACCAUAAGCUCGCGGCCGCCCGCCGCACGCGCGACGACGAGCUCACGCACACGCAUGAAAAGCAAGCGUUCCUCGAGCAGUGGUCGGCCAUGGGGCGCGACAAGUGGGCGGCCAACCAGGCGGUCAAGCGCAACCGAGAGGCCGAGCAACUCCAGUUUGAACUCAGCUUGCGGGAGCGCCGGCGCGUUAUCAUUGCCCACGCCAACGAGGCCGCAGCGAUGGACCUCGCCGACGGUGUUUCGAGCUUUGAUAAAAAUUUCAAGCGCCUCGGCAUUAGCUCGGGCGACGACGACACGGGAGUGCGCUUGACGCCGGCCAAAGGCUCGGGGCUCGACCACCUCGUCGAGCUCGAGACCCGCGUCGAAUCCUUCCAUUUGCGUCCGUCCAGCAACAUUCAAAUGAUGAAGGAGCUCCGCGACCGGCGGAAACUGCACCUCAACGCGCAGCGCGAACGCGCGAGCCGGCGCCGCAAGAUGCUCGUGGACCAGACGCGCAAUACCAUUGAAAUCAACCGGAAGCAAGAAGAGGCCGCGCUCUUGCACCGGCUCUUUAUCGUGGGCAAGCGCCGACGCAGCGCCAACGUCGCCGCCACCGAGCGCGUCAUCGCCUACGCCGCUAUGAUCGAAGCCGCGGCGGCCACGAGCCUGGGCGAGCUGCACGUCGCCGCGAUGGCGCCGGACGCGGUUGCCCGGCGCGCAGAAACGCUGCGGGCCGCCGUCGACGAGGCGCGCGUGCACGACGAGCGCAAGCUCGAGGCGCACACGUUGCUUUGUAGUGACGUUCUCGACACCUUGCUGUCAUUUGUGCACACAGUUGUCGUCCACCGGUAG